AUGCCGCCAAGCAACACAAAACCGUGUCACAACUGUCGUCGUCGACGCCUGCGCUGCGACCGCUCAUGGCCGACAUGCCACAAAUGUGCGGUUUCAGGGCAGGAUUGCCUCGGGUAUGGCAAGGUCUUCGUUUGGACCCAAGGAAUUGACUCCCACGGCAAUGUCAAUCCCCCUCCCGGCCGGCGACUACCCGACGAAUCUGAUGCUUCCGCCUCUGUAUCACCUACCGGCCACCAGCAGGGACAGGGUCAUCAUGACCGCACUCGACCUCAGCCUCAACCCGACUAUAGCGACCAACAUCCGCUGGCGCGUUUGGUUCAACAGGCCCAGCAGGCCGCUCAAGAGGCAGAAGAGAUAAAUCAACAGCAGCAGCAAAGGCAACAGCAGCAGCCAACCCCGCCUGAGUCUGAGGGCUCCCCUUCACACGAUCCUAGCAUACCCUGGCCUUCUCCUGCUGCACUUACAGAUCCGUUGUUCCAGGACCUUGACCGCACAUCACGAUACUACCUAGCGCAUUUCAGCGAGAGGGUCUGCAAAGAUCUUGUGGUCCGAGACACGCCUGAGAACCCGUUUCGCGAGCUGAUACCCUUGACGCGGAAGCACCCGCUCCUCUUGCAGAUUCUUGUUGCGACUUCAGCGAUCCAUUGGUCCAACAUAUUUCGUCGUGUUACCGAAAUACCGGCAGGCCUCACCAAUCCCGCGGGCUACCUUUCUCUGCUACGUUCAAAAGAUCUUGUGACACGACAGGCUCUCAUCGAUGCCUUGACGGCGAAGCAAAAGGCCAUGAGCCACCUUAGGGAGGUGCUCGAUACCCUUGACCCGGCAGGUAGUGAGGUGGCAUUAGCUGCCAUGCAUUUUUUUAUCAAGUUUGACUUGAUUGAUCUGGAUAAGUCAGACAACCAGAGCUGGAGGGCCCACUUGGAAGGCGCCACAAGUAUCAUGGCAUUGCUCAACCCGGAUAGCAACCCCGACGCAUCUAGUAGAAUGUUGCGGGACCGUGUCAUUACUGACAGCUUCAUCUACAACAUUUUGGGCUCGACGUUGACAUCUGGUGGCCUUGCAGCUCGUGUUGCACGGCAAGCUUUCCAGUUCUUACCCGUUAUGAAACGUGUGGAACUGACAAGCUACUUGUCUUGCCCUCCGGAGAUUUUGAACAUCAUUCUUUCUGCAUCUGAGCUGUCCCAUGAAGUACCCUGGACAGAUCAGUCUCUAGGUGCGGCAGACAAGGCAAUUGCUCUAAUAGACGAGGCUCUUGCUGUGGACAUUCCAGCUUGGGCAGACUAUUUGCGACAACACAACCUUGUUCAGGAUCUUGAGAGUCGAGUGUGUCUAGCUGCGGCACACCGGUCAGCAGCUUGUCUGUACAUCCUCCAAGCGUUACCGCUAGUUCGGUCUGUACGGCCCAUUGAUACCGAUUUCCUGCUGGAGGACGUUUUGAGAAAUUUAGCCGCCAUCGAUGAAAAUGACCCAUACUUCAAAGCAUCUUCGUGGCCGACCUUUGUUGCAGGGGCAGAGACACGAGACCCUGAAAAACGCACUUGGACCCUGGCACGGCUGUUGUCGAUUUGGCAAAUCUGUCCAUGGGGGUAUCUCUUCACGGCAAUUGAAAUGCUCAAAGCGACAUGGGCGAUGCAGGAUUCGCGCGGCUCAGAUAAUGUCAACUGGUUACAUGAUCUACGUGGGAUGGGAUUCGAGAACUUGAUUGUUUGA